CCCUUUCUUUUUGUUUACAUGUUGCUGUCAAAAAAGCUAAGAUCUCUGAAAAACAAUUGGCUUUUUAAGACAAUAUAACCAUGAAGAUUCGGAAAAUUCACCAGCGCAAGCGUUUUAGGUACAGUGUCAAUAGGAAGACGAUGAGGAAGACACGUGAAGCCACAGGGAAAAUAAAAGAUCCUGAAAUGAAAAAACUAUGGAUAGAGACUAAACGCAACAAAAACUUCUAUGAAAUGGGCUUGUCUUCUGAUCCCAAUAAAGCAGUACCAAUUCCAAAUUUUAAACAAAAUCGUCUAAAGGCAGUGAAAAUAAUAAACGGGUUUGUGGAAGAGGAAAUGGACGAGGAGGAACUAAAUGAAAAAGUAACAGAUCUCCCAAGAGGCUAUGUCAUCGAGCAGUUGGAAGCAGAUGCUAAUGCACCAAGAGAAAAACUGUUAAGGUUACCUAAAAAUUCCGUGGAUCAUUUGAGUUAUUUCCUGGAUAAGUAUAAAUUUAACUACAAGGCAAUGGUAACAGAUAGACGAAAUUAUCUACAGUGGACAUGGAAACAGUUCCGUAUGAAAAUUCGAAAGUUUAUGUCGAUUCCUGAACAAUUUGACGCAUACUUAAAGCAACGCAAUUUGAAACUAGGCGAAAAACCUUCGUGGGAAGAAUACGAUUCAGACAGUGAAUGGAAAUGAUUAUAAAAGCCAGAUAUUUAUAAUAAUGUAGCUUAAUAAGGGUUAAUUUUAAAUAAAUUUUAUAGUAACUCAAAAAUGUA